AUGUCGUCUUCCAGUCAUCUUUUGAUCGCACCGAGUGCAGAGCUUCUCGCAAUCACCAAGUACCGCGAGUCCAUGGCUCUGCAAAACCUGGAGACCAGUAGAUGCAUGUCGACCGCCGAGGCCAUCAUGGCCAGCCGACACAAGGGUGCAUGCGAUGAGGCUCUUCGAUUGGCCCCACCCUCCUUCACCGACUCGCCGGUGCUGCUUGCCACCUUCAACAGCUACAACCAUGACUACGAGCUGGACAUUCCCGAGGAAGUGGUUGCUCACGCUUCUAGUUUCUGGUGUGCCUACCGCGACAGAUCACCGAUUCUUCGAAGAGUAGAGCGCGUGGCUCAGGUCUGCAAACCUCCUGAAGUCUCUUACGCUCUCCUUGCGGAGCUUCAGAUGGACUCUUUGCUGCUGAGGAAUUGCAUGAAGGUUUGA